AUGUCAACCAAAUUACUGUGCCCUAAUUGCUCUCUGAGCUCACGCUUUGGCGUGUUUGCGAGAGAACAGUCCAAAGCCGUACAUACCAUAAGCCACCCAUUGUCGACUCGUCAAGGAUACAUUGUCACAUUGAAGAAUGAUUCGCAUCCCCCUUCGAGACGAUCCGAGUAUCGGUCGGGUCUCUCCCCUUCACGUCGAAACUUUUCAUCAACCCCUACAGCUAGCUCCGGCAUACUAAAGAGUCUAGCAUCUCGUCGAGGAGGUGCGGCAGAAACAUAUGUCUCAUAUGGAUUUACUCAGAAACUGUAUGAAGCUUGCUCGUCCCAAGCGGAUUAUGAAAUUCCACAAUUAGCCCAAAAAGGAGUCGAAAUUCCGAAGACUGCUGAGGGGGAGGAGCUCGGGGUUGGAGAGGGAUUGUGGUAUAAGGAGCUUGAAUUGCUUCCCACGUUUUCCACAUGGUCGCAGGUAACUUUCCUGCAUAUGUAUUUGCUCACAGUCCGUAUCCGCGCCCUUCCAUCACCCGAAAGUGUACGAACACAUUCUCGCCAUUUAUUCGACCACUUCUCGCACAACGCUGAACAGCGCAUGGCCACGUUACACAACAUACACAGCCGCGCCAUCCGCAACAAGUACCUCAAAGAUCUCUUCAUCCAAUGGCGCGGCAUCCUCGCCGCAUAUGACGAGGGGCUCGUCAAAGGCGACGCAGUCCUCGGUGCCGCCGUAUGGAGAAAUAUAUGGAAAGCAAGCAGCUCUACGCAUGACGGGCGCGACCUCGAUUGGGCCAAAGUAGCUACUGUAGUGGCUUAUAUGCGCCGUGUGCUUUCGGAGUUGGCAAAGACGAAUGAAGCAGACCUUGUCUUUGAUCUUGUUGGUACGGAAGCUGCCGCUGUCGCUGCUGGGGGAGAAAAGAAGACCAUAUUUGGGCUAAAGAAUAUUGAUUUCAAGCUUGGUGGAUUGAAGUAG